AUAGAGAUGUCUACCCAGUAUCAUAGAGAUAGGUCGACCCAGUAUCAUAGAGAUAGGUCCACCCCGUAUCAUAGAGAUAGGUCCACCCCGUAUCGUAGAGAUAGAUCUACCCAGUAUCAUAGAGAUAGGUCUACCCAGUAUCAUAGAGAUAGGUCCACCCAGUAUCAUAGAGAUAGAGAUAUGUCUACCCAGUAUCAUAGAGAUAGGUUCACCCAGUAUCAUAGACAUAGGUUAACCCAGUAUCAUAGAGAUGAGUUCACCCAGUAUCAUAGAGAUAGGUCUACCCAGUAUCAUGGAGAUAGGUCCACCCAGUAUCAUAGAGAUAGGUCUACCCAGUAUCAUAGGGAUAGGUCCACCCAGUAUCAUAGAGAUAGGUCUACCCAGUAUCAUAGGGAUAGGUCCACCCAGUAUCAUAGAGAUAGGUUUACCCCGUAUCAUAGUGAUAGGUCCACCCAGUAUCAUAGAGAUAGGUCCACCCAGUAUCAUAGAGAUAGGUCUACCCAGUAUUAUAGUGAUAGGUUCACCCAGUAUUAUAGUGAUAGGUUCACCCAGUAUUAUAGUGAUAGGUCCACCCAGUAUCAUAGACAUAGGUUAACCCAGUAUCAUAGAAGUAAGCAUCAAACGUAA